UUUUUCAACUCUAUUCAGAGCGGUCGCGGUCGGUAAAAAUGGGAACAUUAAAUCGAAACUUUCUACUGCUGCUUCUAGGUAGCAGUGUAAUCGUUCAACUAAGUGCAUCAAAAAGUCCUCUACCAGAGAAAGCUGCGAUUCUAGCCGAGGCGGUUCCGGAGCGUGAAACAAGAGAAAUCGAUCGUACCUAUUUUCUGCCAAGGAAUACCUCGCCCUCUCAUUACUUUAUUCAACUGACUACAAAUGUUCACGAAAAUGAUCUAACGUUUCAAGCUACGACGGAGAUAUAUUUUAAUGUAUGGGAACCAACCAACACAGUAACGAUGCAUCUGCAAGAUUUAAUAAUCCAAUCAACAGAGUUGUCGAAAGUCGUAGGCCUUGGUGUUCCGCAAGUGAUUGACAGUCCUGACCAUGUAGUUGACCUCCGAACUGAGCAUGUUGUAUUCACAUGUAAUAGUGAGCUAUCGAUUGGAACAUACAUCUUGAAGGUCGUCUAUACAGGAACCAUGCGAAACUAUCAGAGUGGCUACUUGGUGUCGUCGUAUAGGGGAGAAAAUAACCAAGUUCAGUAUGUCGGAUCAACCCAUUUUCAGGCAACCCUAGCCCGUCGUGUUUUCCCUUGCUACGAUGAGCCCGACCUGAAGGCUACUUUUACGCUUUGGAUAACGCACGAUAAAAACUAUAAUGCUGUGUCGAACAUGAUGAUAAAUUCAAUUUAUCCAGAUGAGAACGACGCAAACUAUCUGGUGACAAAGUUCCGUACGACUCCCAUUAUGUCCACCUAUUUGCUAGCAUUUGCAGUGACUAAUUUCCAGGCAAAAGCCGUCGAUCGGCAUCAGGUUAUGGCGAGGAUAAAUGCAUUUAGUGAUGUGGACCUAGCUUUGGAUGCUGGAACGAAGAUACUGGCCUCCCUUGACAGAUAUACGGGAGUGGCUUACUAUAAAUACAUGUCUAAAAUAACGCAGAUCGCCAUUCCAGAUCGAGGUACAGGUGCGAUGGAAAAUUGGGGUCUAGUUACUUAUGGGGAGCCGGCAUUGCUGUUCAAUUCGGCGGACAACAGCUAUCGCAGUCGUAAACGCGUCGUAACGGUUAUUGCCCAUGAAUUUGCUCAUCAGUGGUUUGGCAAUCUGGUCAGCCCCAAGCUGUGGGAAUAUAUCUGGCUAAAUGAAGGUUUCGCCACCCUGUACGAAUAUUAUGCGGCAACGUUGGCUUUUCCUAACCUGGAAUACUGGGAGCUUUUCAAUGUGGAAGUGGUCCAGCGGGCCCUCGGCUCGGACGCUGUAGAGAACAUUCGACCAAUGAAUUAUCCAGCCGCUUCACCCGAUGAAAUCUGGCGCUUAUUCGAUAUCAUAGCUUAUCAGAAAUCUGGAAGUGUGUUGAAUAUGUUCCGUCAGGUUCUGGGCGAUGACAACUGGCAAGUCGGCUUGAACAUAUACCUAGAAAAUCACAAAUUGAGCGCUGCAACGCCGGACGAUCUGUACGCUGCCCUUCAAACUGCUAUCGAAGACAAAAAUGUACUGCCGGACGGGUUUACCGUUAAAUUACUGAUGGAAUCCUGGACCAAUGCGGCUGGAUAUCCUCUGUUAACUGUCAAGCGCUUGUACAAAAAUGGUGAUAUUAUAAUAUCCCAAGAACGCUACAUUGCCAACAAGCGUUUACCCAAUGAUCACAUUUGGAACAUUCCCUACAACUAUGUGGCGCGUAGUUCGCCGAGGGCUGUCGAACCAGAUGACAUUCGCUGGUUGACUAGCAAGGCGGCCAAACUGACCAUUGAUGCCCCCGAUAAUCAGUGGAUCAUUUUCAAUCGCGAGCAGUUCGGAUACUACCGCGUGAACUACGAUCUACACAACUGGAAACUGAUAAUCGAUGCACUACUAACAAAUCCACUCUCUAUUAACCGAUCAAACCGUGCCCAACUAAUUGACGAUGCUUUCAACUUGGCUCGUUCGGAGCGGUUGGAUAUGUCCAUAGCACUUGAAUUGCUGCAAUACCUACGCUACGAAACGGAAUAUGCUCCGUGGGCAGCGGCGAACAACGUUCUGAAUUACUUUCACGAAAAGCUUCUCGGAACGCCGGAGUACUCCAAUUUCGCGAAGUUCGUCACCGAAAUUGUUUCUGAAGUUUACAAAACGCUUCAGAUCGACACGGUCGCCACCGAGGAGUCUACUCUGCUCAAGUAUCUGAAGCAAACCAUCUCCAACUGGGCGUGUCGUGCGGGAAUCCAGGACUGUCUGGAUAAAGCGUAUGCUGCUCUGAAACAAGAGGUUGAUGGCGGCACUGUCAUACAUCCGGAUGUAGCUGCUGUGAUCUACUGUCACGGACUUCGCGAUGGAACGCUCAAGGAGCUGUCCUACCUUCUUCCAAAGAUAACCACCUCCAGCAAUCAAGCUAAGCGAACUGAAAUCAUCACUGCGCUCGGGUGUUCGAAGGACGUGGCCAGCGUGAAGGUCUUACUAUCGGCGAUUCAACUUUCAAAUACAGUUUACCUGUCUACAGAAAAAACACAGAUUGUUGACGCCAUAGUAGGCGGUAGCUUAGAAGGCGUUGACACAACAGUGGACUAUCUUAUAGCGGGAAAUAACGCAGGGAACUUGCUCACUGUUCUUGGCGAAGGCGGUUUUAAUAACAUGCUGACGGGAAUUGCCCGCCGAACGAAUAAUGAAACACAGCGACAAAAUAUGGAGAAACUUUUGGCAGUUCUACAGGAAGUUAUCAGCGAAGAAAUGGCGAAUACUGUUCGGAAAACGGUUGUCGCUAAUGCCGAUUGGUUCGAUAGUUUGGAGGGAUUGGUAGCGGUAGAGUUUUUUGAGAAGUAUGAAAAUGCCGUAUAAAAAAAAGAGUAAAAUUUGCUAACAAAUACACUGGAAUCCGUGGUUAAUGUGAGAAACUAGUGGUUUUUAAAGUUCUUCAGCUUUUGACA